AUUCGCCUUUUAUCAUAGCAAAUUUUUGUGUUGUAGUUUUGAUCGUAGUUUUGGUCUGCAUUUAGUCAGUAGUUAAAGUAAAUGUCAUUCGUAUGGAAAGUGACUUUGUAUAACAAUUUUAUAUAACAAUUUAUCACCGUUCAUAAAUCGUAAUGUCUGCCCUAUUUAAUUUCCAGAGUUUGCUGACAGUUAUUUUGCUAUUGAUAUGUACCUGUACUUACGUAAGAUCUAUCGUACCCAGUUUAUUGGACAGUCGAUUAGGAAAAGUUGGUUUUCAAGGUACUCUUUGGAAGUGUGCCAGGAUUGGUGAGAGAAAAAGUCCAUACGUGGCAGUGGGUUGCCUUUUUAUGGCUUUCAAUAUCUUAUUUUGGUCUUAAUAUUUACAUAGGGAUUACAAACUAUCAAAAAAUAUUCCAAUCAAUUGCAUAUAAUUUUAUACUAAUUACAGAUGUAAUGGAUUUUAAUGUAAAUAAGCUUAAGUUUAACCUAAAAUGAAAGGAAAUAAUUAAUAUUUUGGCUACUUGCACGGUAUGUUUUAUUUGUCAACAUGUUGGUUUCUCCAAAGCUAUAUAAUUAUCCAAUUUGAGCACAUUUUCUCACCAUAUUUUCAUAAUAUACUUUUUUUUUUCUAUAAACAACAACAUUCUUUUAUUAUAGUUAUUGUAGAGUCGUUAUAUUGAGCAGUGUUUUACGAUAUACAAUAUUUGUUAAAUAGAUAUAUUUAACACGUGUGUCGUUCUGUUUAUUUCGCGGAUAUGCUACUAUUUCAAUGACAAUAAACCACGCAUCGUGACUAAAAUUUGUACUCUGUAAUAGAAGACAUUUAUGACAGUAAUAGUACCAGAAGAAAGCUCCGACACUCUCGGUUUGAAAAUUUUAUGUGCUAAAGAACAUCGAGCCUUUCUAGUCGCACCAUUUCGUACACAGAUUGUAAUUACAGAGUAACAUAUGACUUGCGGUUUUGCGAGGAACAUUAAAGAAAUGAUGCAAAGCACACACAACUUAUUAGGAACGAUUAUUGUCGAUUCCUUGAAAGAAAAAUAUUUCUUCGAUAUUAUCGCAAACGAUCGUUACGCUAAAGAGAGACUGCGUUGUUCGUUUAUAUACACGUUUGCA